AUGCCCCGAAUUGUCAUGCUUCACGACAACUCGACUAAUCAAGCCCGGGGCUGGGGUGAGCCUUUGCUGUAUGUACCAGAGAGCCCGGCUACCAUUCUGCCCAGCGGUCCUCUGCCAGUAGAGUAUCAUUGGGGAGAUUCCGAAGAUAGCGGCACGCCACACGGAGAUGACAGUGAAGAUGCAUACGACAGCAUGGAGCUGCGCAGUUCACACCACCUCUGUGUCGCUUGCAAGCAUACUUUCAAUUACUUCUGCAAGUAUAACGAGGUCUCUGGAGACGAACGCAUCAGCAUGAAGAAUAAUGUGCUGCAUUCCGAGUCGAUUUUAUCCCUCUUCAUGUUCGCUAACCUGGCGAAUUGUUUCAUCUGCCGCAAGAUUUGGAGCAAGAUCAAGACAAUGUACCCGAAUCUGGACCCCAAUAGCCCUUCAUCCUACAAAGUUGAAUGCUGCUGGACUAUCGACGGUGGCUUGAGUCGGGAGACAAAGAUGUGGAUGGUCAUAUACGACUCCUCGGUUCCCAGGAAGCCUUCUUACAACUACCAACAUGUUCUUCGCAUUGGUCUGUGGCCCAAGGCACACUACGGCAUACACUUUGGCAAAGACACAGAUCAGAAAACACUUCUUGGUUCACGCGGAGUACGCGGAGGUGGGGAUGACUUUGUUAACGAAGAUACUACUGAGUCUGCCAAGACCAGAUCCUUAGCCCAGUCGUGGUUUGCGAGGUGCACGCACAACACCAAUGGGCAGCAUGGCAUCUGCAACAGAAAGGAGGGGACCUAUCUCCCCACCCGGCUUCUUGACGUGCGAAGUGCCCUGGAGAGAGGCCAGGCACUGCUAGUGUGUCCCGAUUUGACGCCGGAAGCCUUCGGCACAAAUCCACGAUACGCAACAGUCAGCCAUUGUUGGGGUGCGGCGGGUGCGAAUGAGCACAUUGUCCUCUUGACUCAGAAUGUGGAUACCCGUCGGGUCGACGGGACAGCAUGGGACAUAUUGCCCAAGACCUUCCAGGACGCUUUUAAGAUUGCCUCGUGGUUGGGGCUCGAUUGGCUCUGGAUCGAUUGCAUGUGCAUCAUGCAGAACUCAGCAUCAGAUUGGCAAAAGGAGGCCUCGGCUAUGGAUCGGGUAUACAUGAACGCUGAGGUGAACAUCUCGGCGGACUGGGGAAGAGACAGCCAGGCAGGUUGCUUCUCGAAAAGGAACAAGAUCGACACCAUCCCUCUUGAAUUCGCAAGCCCGAAGUCCGAACGAGCGUGGAUUGUGACGACAGAAGACGCCUUUUUCUGGAUGAGCUCUGCACCUUCGCUUUCGCGGGCAUGGAUUCACCGCGAGAGACAGCUAGCAAGACGCAUCCUACACUUCACAAAAAAGGAAUUAGUGUGGGAGUGUUGUGGGCAGGGUAAGGCCUGCUUCGCCAGCGAGACGAUGCCAGGUGGCUCGCCAUUUGAGAACGUCUUCAAGGGAGAGAUCAAGUUCCAAAUCCAGUUCGCGAACCUGGCAGUAUUCACACCCGGCUUGCAACAUCCAAGCGCGGAAGACCGGCUGGAUAAAAUCCAUCAGCUGUGGAACUCGACUUGCCAGGAUCUGUCGAACAAGUCUGUUACCUACGCCUCGGACUUACCUGUGAUACUUUCAAGCUUGGCCAAAGAGUUUCAAGCGUUGAUGCCGGAUGAUGAGUACGUUGCCGGGCUCUGGAGAUCUACACUCGUCGAGGCCCUGACUUGGUUCGUCCCAGGCGAUAAGCCAGAGUACGACGGGUAUAUCGCACCGUCUUGGUCAUGGCUGAGUGCUGCGAGUCCGGUAAAGCUCUAUUAUCCGGGUCAUGUGCAACGGAAACGAAUCGUAGCCGAGAUUGUUGCCAUCGAUACCAAGGUGGAUCCGUCCAGCGACAAUCCUUACGGCCAACUAGUUAGCGGGUCAUCGUUGCGCGUGCGUGGUUUCCUGCGCCGACUGCAUUUCCAUUUCGUCGGCCCCCCGAACCACGGAAUCAUCCUCAGCGUCGUCGAAAAAGAUUCGGACGGCCGUGAUCGGCUGCGUGUCAUUGGUCCAGAUUGGGACAAGCACGAGGGACUAGUCUUUCGACUCACGACAGACAGCAUGGUGACUCUGCCGUACCAAGAGUGGGAGUGCUUCGCCCUUUUCACCACUUUGAACGAGUGGGCGCAGUUCCUGUGCAAUUGCCGGCGGCGACUCUCGUGUAUCCUGCUAGAGAUGGUGACAGGGAAUUCUGGCCAUGGCCACGUAGACGAAAAUGUCUAUAGGAGAAUCGGCACACUUGAAGACAUUAGCGAUACGUACAGCUUCAAGAUGCGCUAUCGCGUGGCCGAGAACUCGACAGUCCGCGAGGCGGGCUCGUCACGGGAUAUGUUUGAGGAGAAUCCUACGGCAUUCGCCGGAAAGCCUCAGCCAGAGACUUGGUUCCAUGGACAAGAAGAUGUUGGAGCUGCUGAAGCCGAAGAGACAGACGUCGCUGGCGAUGAGGUUGAAGCAUCAGCAAGUGGGCGUCGUGAUUCCGCAAGCAGCACCGACACAGACUAUGCCGAUGGAGAGAUCUGGACUUGCCUGGUGCAGUAUAUUCAGAGGAAACGUUGGAGCAUCAUUCGGGAGUUUAAAGAGCAACAAGAUGAGGGGAAAGAGACGCAGGAGGGGAGCUCUAAUCUGGAACAACUUGGCACCUGUGGACAAGGCAAUAGAGGUAGGGGUAUAGACGGCGAGUCGCAAGGCGAGAAUUACGGCUCUCUGAACGACAGCUUUGGGAACAAAGUGUGCGAUGAUCAAGACGGCGGGCGAGAAGAAACUGAGGGAAAGCAUAAGGGCAAUGAACAUAGCGACCAAGGCGACGAUGAGGACGAAGACGGCGAAGAGGAAGCCGACAAUAACAAGGAGGAAGAGGACAGCGAUAGUCGAGGAGACAGCAGUGAGGAAGAAGACCGUCACCGAGAAGAUCUACACCUUUCUGUCGUCAUCGUGCAAAUUCACGACAACCCCUCCUCGGGCCUCGCACCAAUGACUACCGCCGUCGAUACAAGAGAUGCCUGGAAACGAUUGCAGGAAGCCAAAACGUUUAUCUCUGAAACAAUGGCACACGGGAAAAACCAGCCACAGGAUCCUGCGGCGGCAUUGUACCAGUUUGACGAUGUACUGCAUCAAUGGCAGGAGCUGCGGGGUGUGGUUCCGUGGCUUGAGCGACUAGAAACUAUUGAAAUCACUCUGGUGUGA